UCGGGGGGGUGGGGAAAUAUCUCUAUUUAAAUAGCCUCAAAUUUUUGUUCCCUUUGUUAACCAUCUUGGCUCGUUUCUUUCUCUUCUUCUUUCCUUCUUCCCAUCUCUUAUAUCCAAAAACACAAAACUGAAAUACUAAGGUGCAAGAAAAAAAAAGACAUCAAUGGAGGAGAUAACGUCCCCUUCUUCUUCAUCCUCCUUUAUGUCGUUUUGUCAAGAUUCUUCUCCCCCAAUCCAACAACGCCUCCAAUUCAUCCUCCAAAGCCGCCCUGAAUGGUGGGUCUACGCCAUUUUCUGGCAGGCAUCCAAGGAUGCCACUACUGGCCGUCUUGUUUUAUCAUGGGGUGAUGGUCAUUUCCGUGGAACCAAAGAAUUUGCAGCCAAAGAUUGCAACAAGCAGAAUCAACCCAAAUUCGGGUUCAAUCUUCAAAGAAAGAUGACUAACAAAGAGUCCCAAACUCUUUUCAGUGAUGAUAUGGAUAUGGACAGAUUAGCGGACGUUGAUGUUAUUGACUAUGAAUGGUUUUAUACAGUAUCGGUAACACGAUCAUUCACUGUUGACGAUGGAAUUCUCGGCAGUACUUUCGGCUCCGGUGCUUUUAUUUGGUUGACAGGUAACAAUGAGUUACAGAUGUACGAGUGUGAGAGAGUUAAAGAGGCUCGUAUUCAUGGAUUACAGACAUUGACCUGUGUUUCAACCCCUUAUGGAGUUGUUGAAUUGGGUUCCUCCAAUACGAUCGAUAAAGAUUGGAGCUUAGUGCAACUCUGCAAAUCACUUUUCGGGGGAGAUGCAGCCUGUUUCGUCUCGAGGGAUCCAAGCCAUGAGUCCCAUCUGCAGAUUCUUAAUUCUUCUUUCCUUGAUAUUGGCAUGUUUUCAGCUUCUCAAAAGGAGACCUCUACGUUGAAGCAAAAUGAAGGCGACAAAAACAAAGACGCCGCCACAAUCCAAGGUCGGUCGUCAUCUGACUCUGCACGUUCUGAUUCUGAUGGAAAUUUUGCUGCCGAGAAUCCUGAUCGGUUCAAGAAAAGAUCAAGAAAGCAACUAAACGGCAAAGAAUUGCCUCUUAACCACGUUGAAGCAGAGAGGCAGCGCAGAGAGAGGCUGAAUCGUCGAUUCUACGCACUCCGAUCUGUAGUUCCUAAUGUAUCAAAGAUGGAUAAAGCAUCUCUACUAGCAGAUGCAGUCACUUAUAUAAACGAGCUCAAGGCCAAAGUUGACGAGUUGGAGUCCAAACUUCAAGCAGUACCCAAGAAAUGCAAGACUACAAAAGUCACAGAGAAUCAAAGCUCCGACUCCACCAUUGACCAUAUCAGGAGUUCUUCAAGUUUCAAACCCAAAUCAAUGGAGUUGGAUGUGAAAAUUGUAGGAUCAGAAGCCCUGAUCCGGUUCCUUUCACCGGAUGUUAAUCACCCAGGUGCAAAGUUGAUGGAGGUGCUUAAAGAAAUAGAGUUCAAGAUUCAUCACGCAAGCAUGUCGAGCAUCAAAGAGAUGGUGCUUCAAGAUGUAGUAGCUAGAGUCCCAGAUGGGCUCACAGAUGAAGAAGUUGUUAGAAGCGCCAUUCUUCAGAAAAUGCAGAAGUAAACUGUUAGCUGAUAAAAUGUAGGUGGCCAACGUGUGAUUGAGUUUCGUUUUCCUAGAAUAAUUUGCUACUGUCAUGCAUGUCUCGAUCUAUGUAGUUUGUUUUUUCAUUGUUAGCUCUUCGUUUCUUUUCUGGAUUCUGUUGUUCUUAAAGUCAUUAUUGUUCUUUGAGUGUUUCUUUAUUAAUUUGCAGUUUCUAGUGUUCUUAC